AUGUCGUCUACACCUCGAUCUUGUUCAAUUUCAACGACCAAUGACAACGGCACUUACACCACCAACAGCAGUGAGCCUGAUACAUACGAUGGAGUAGCAGUGGUGGGAAUGGGUUGCCGUGUUGCCGGAGGUGUCGAGAGCCCCGAACAGCUUUGGGAGUUCUUGCUGGCCCAAAAGGAUGGAUCUAGUGAGAUUCCUCCGGCUCGAUGGGAGCCAUAUUACAAUAGAGACCAUCGGAACAAAGGAAUUUUAAACAAAGCCACCACCGGUGGAUAUUUUGUCAAGAACCUAGACGAUUUCGAUCCUCAGUUCUUUGGUAUCUCACCCAGAGAGGCCGAGCAAAUGGAUCCACAGCAACGUAUCUCCCUAGAAGUUGCCUGGGAGGCAUUGCAGGACGCUGGGAUUCCUGCAAAGUCUCUGAAAGGAACCAAUACCUCUGUCUUUUGGGGCGUCAACUCGGAUGAUUAUUCAAAAUUGCUCCUAGAAGACCUUGCAAAUGUCGAGGCUUGGAUGGGAAUUGGAACGGCAUAUUGUGGAGUCCCAAAUCGUAUCUCUUACCAUCUUGAUUUGGCGGGACCAAGCGUUGCUGUUGAUGCUGCUUGUGCCUCUUCUCUUGUCGCCGUUCACAAUGGUGUCUCCGCAAUUCUGAGCGGAGAAUCCAGCAUUUCCAUUGUUGGUGGCGUGAAUGCUCUUUAUGGCCCUGGGCUCACUACCGUUCUGCAAAAAGCUGGCGCUCUGGCGCCAGACGGCCGUUGUCGCUCAUUCGAUGACGGUGCCGUGGGAUACGGUCGCGGAGAGGGAGCAGGAGCUGUCAUUUUGAAAAACCAUGCUCAGGCAAUAAGAGAUGGUGACCACAUUCGCGGAAUUAUCAAAGGGUCAGCCGUAGCGCACGACGGCAAGACAAAUGGAAUCAUGGCUCCGAAUGCCGUCUCGCAAACUCUGGUUGCAAAAAACGCAUUGCGUGCUGCCAACCUAGAAGCCAGCGCCAUUCAAUAUGUUGAGGCUCAUGCGACAUCGACACCAUUAGGCGACCCCACAGAGAUAUCAGCCAUGAGUGCUGUUUACGGACUAAACGUUGAUCAUCCAUGCUAUAUCGGCUCCAUUAAGCCAAAUAUCGGACAUCUGGAAGCAGGUGCCGGUGUUAUGGGUUUGAUCAAAGCAGUUCUUGCAGUCGAAAAAGGAAUAUUGCCUCCUCAGGUAAACCUCAAAACUCUCAAUAGCCGGAUUGACUGGAAAAGCUCCGGUUUGGAGGUCGUCAGAACGUCGAGAGCCUGGCCAGAGACCGAUGCACCACGUCGGGCAGCCGUAUGUUCUUAUGGCUAUGGCGGGACAGUCUCUCAUGCUGUACUAGAACAAUAUCAGGGGACCCUUUCUCAUGGUAUCUCCAGAACCGAGAACAGCCCAAUGAUCUUGCUUGUGUCAGCUCACCAAAAAAAGCGCUUACCAAUUGUCGCUGAGCAGUUGUGGUCUUGGUUCAAGUCAAAUGGAACCGAGGAGAACCUGGCUAGCGUCUGCACCACCCUGGCAACACGUCGUGAUCACUACGAGUUCCGUGUUUCGGCGGUUAUUCAGAAUAUUAAUGAAGCUCUGGAAGUUCUCGACAGGCUUCGCAAAGGAUCCACUGACAAGUGGAUGACUGAAAGUCGCUGUUUGCCUCAAAACGCGAGCAAAGAAGCCGUAUGGGUAUUCUCAGGCCAUGGUGCUCAGUGGACUGAUAUGGGCAAAGAGCUGCUCACCACAAACCGAGCUUUCUGCAAGGCAAUUGAACCCCUAGAUGAGGUGGUUCAGAAAGAGAUCGACUCAUCCCCUAUUGAAUGGCUACGCAAUGGCGACUUCCAGUCAACCGACCGCAUACAGAUUUUGACAUACAUUAUGCAAAUUGGAAUCGCAGCGGUUCUUCAUAGCCAAGGCGUAUUCCCAGAUGCAGUCAUUGGCCACUCAGUGGGCGAGAUCGCAGCUAGUGUCGUUGCUGGUGCACUUUCACCAGUGGAGGGUGCCUUGGUUGUUACUCGGCGAGCAAUUCUAUAUCGCCAGGUCAUGGGCCAAGGAGCUAUGCUCCUGGUCAACAAGUCUACUUCUGAUGUCACCCAGGAUUUACGGAACCGCGAAGACGUGGUUGUAGCAAUCAAUUCGUCCCCGUCAUCUUGUGUCAUUGCGGGUGCCAAAGAUGAAGUGAUGAUGAUUGCCGACAUGUACAAGGAACAGGCUGUCAAGACAUUCCGUGUUAAAACAGAUGUUGGCUUUCAUAGUCCUAUGAUGGUCCCACUGGGCGAACCUUUGCUUAGCGCCCUCCAGGACGUUUUGCAUCCUACAAAGCCUUCCGUGAAGUUAUAUUCGACCGCUCUUGCAGAACCCCGAGGCCAGGACUUGCGAGACGCCGAGUACUGGAUGGCGAACAUGAUAAAUCCGGUCAGACUGACAGAUGCGGUAGAAAGUGCGGCUGAAGAUGGCCACAGAGUAUUCUUGGAGGUGGCAAGUCAUCCUCUCGUUUCGCACUCGGUAACUGAGACCUUGUUGGAUGGCGAGAUAGAGGAUUUCUUAGUUGUGUCUACUCUGCGAAGGGAUCAACCAGCUGUGAAAAGCCUUUUAAACUGCCUUGGUCAGCUUCAUUGCAGCGGAGUCGAGAUUGAUUGGAAAGCGCAAGUGCCAGGACCUUGGGCUCAAGGCCUACCAACGGGACCAUGGCUUCAUCAGCCAACAUUGCCCAAGGUUUCAUCCAAUCCCACGAGCAUGGGAUCACAUGAAACGAACCAGCAUAGCAUCGCUGGGCACCGUAUCGCCGUUGCCGGCACUGAUACUGUGGUCUACACCAGUAUGCUCGACAAGGAUUCUAAACCUUUUCCUGGUCACCAUCCUGUCUCCGGUACUGAAAUUGUGCCCGCAGCUUGUCUUUUGAACACUUUUUUCAAAAGUACAAGAGGAAGACAGCUGCAAAAUAUUCAUUUGAGAGUGCCCGUGGCCAUCGAUGUCCCAAGGACAAUCCAAGUUGUGGUCCAAGGGAACCAAGUGAGGAUCAUGUCUCAACUCAGUCAUACAGAAAAUGCAGAUGACCGUUCAUGGCUUACGCACACGACUGCAUCAUGGAACAUUACCUCUGCCUUGAAUGAGGAGAAAAUUGACCUGAGCGAGUCGGGAUGUCGAUCCAGAAAGCGUCAGCCAGACAGCUUCACAAUAGACUACUUGGCCAGUGUCGGAGUGUCAGCUAUGGGCUUCCCUUGGAAGGUGCUUGAGCAUUAUGGUGAUUCAUCAGAGAUGCUCGCAAGAGUUGAUGUGUCACCUGGUGUAGAUGUACCCGACUGGGAUCAAUCAUCUUGGGCACCAUUCUUGGAUGCGGCGACUUCUAUCGGAUCAUGUAUCUUCUUUGACGAAGCUCGCUUGCGAAUGCCGUCACAGGUUCAGCAAGUCGAUAUUCUCACAAACCAUAGUCCGCCGAAGCUUGGUUGGGUUCAUGUUCGGAGAAACCCCAGCAGUGAAUCAUGCUCAGACAUUCGAAUCCUUGAUAACCAGGGCGAUCUGCUCGUCAAAUUGACAUCCAUGCAAUUCUCCGAGAUUGAAGGCACCCCGGGCUCUAAUAAAGCUGUGGGUGGCUUGGUCCACCGAGUUGCUUGGCCUCCAGCGAAGCCAGCGGAAGAGCCUCUCCGAAUUGAACAAGUGAUUUUGGUGUCGAGUGACCCUUCUCUAAUGCAAAGGUAUGCUGGCACUCUUCCUGGUCAUGUCAAGUUGCGUCAAGUGUCAGGACCAGAUGAGGUCCAGUCCUUGUUAGAAAGUACCGCAGAAUCAACGGCUAUCGCAUACAUCCCAGCCGAGGUUGCUUCCUUUGCAGAGGUGUUUGAAGCGACUAAGAAUCAUACUUGGCAGCUUCUUCAAAUUAUGAAGUGCGCUAUUCACUCUUCUGCCCCAGUCAAGGUGUUUGCUUUGACGACAAAUGUCAUGCAAGGUCAGUCAGCAGCGGCACUUGCAAAUGCUCCAUUGGUUGGUCUCAGCAGAGUGAUUGCAAGCGAGCAUCCCGAUGACUUUGGUGGUCUCAUCGAUAGUGAGAACUACGCGGUUCCUCUGACAACAAUGAAGUACAUUCAGGAUGCGGAUGUUAUCCGAGUCCUUGAUGGAGUACCACGAACUGCUAGACUGCGUGCUCUCCCGACAGAUCGUCGAACCCAGCCAAUAUCCAGCUCUCUUCCUCGUCCCCAAGGAACAUACCUCGUAACAGGCGGCAUGGGUGCUCUCGGGCUUGCAACUGCCGAGUUCCUCGCGGAGAACGGAGCUCAACGACUCGUUUUACUAUCCCGUCGCUUGCUCCCACCGCGGUCAACCUGGAAUAAUGUCCAAGCAGACUUACAGCCGAUUAUUGCCAAGAUCCAAGACCUGGAGCAGCGGGGAGUAUCCGUUCACACCUUGGCCCUGGAUAUCAGCGCACCUACUGCAACACGCGAGCUACUCAAUGCAUUACAAAGACUCGAUCUUCCACCAGUCUUGGGUUUAGUGCACGCAGCUGGUGUUUUGGAAAAUGAGUUGAUACUGGAAAGCACACAGAAUGCUUUCCAUCGAGUUUUCGCCCCGAAGGUCAAUGGUGCCCUUGUCUUGCACGAGGCUUUCCCUCCUGGUACUCUUGACUUCUUCAUGCUAUUCUCCUCCUGUGGCCAGUUGCUCGGAUUUCCGGGUCAAGGAUCAUACGGAAGUGCGAACACCUUCCUCGACACGCUAGCUACCCAUCGUCGAAACCUGGGUGAGAAUUCGGUCUCUUUCCAAUGGACAUCCUGGAGGGGAAUGGGCAUGGGAUGUGACUCUGAAUUCGUUGCUGCUGAAUUAGAAGGGAAGGGAAUCACCGAUAUUACACGCAGCGAGGCUUUCCAGGCUUGGAAUCGUCUCGCACAGUAUGACUUGGACCAUGGAGUUGUGCUUCGCACCCGCACAUUGGAUUCAAAUGAGCCGGUUCCUUCUCCUGUUCUGCAGGACAUUGUCACUCGCUCAUUGGAUAUCAACACGCAAAGCGACGGGUCGGCCAAGAGGGAGACCUCGAACACGAUUCCUUCUUCGGGGCCGGAGCUGCGGAAUUAUCUAGAUAAGCAGAUUCGAUCAUGUGUUGCCAGUGUUCUCCAGCUCUCUCCCAGUGACGUGGAUUCGAGAGCUGCAAUGAGUGAUCUUGGUCUGGAUUCUGUCAUGAGCGUCGCCUUUAGACGGCAACUUCAGCAGACUUUGAAGAUUCCUGUUCCCCCAACGCUGGCGUGGAACCAUCCUACCGUGAAGCACUUGGUUGAGUGGUUUGUAAAGAAAUUAGGUCCACAGAAUGUGCGGUAACUGUCGAGCUCUAAGCCAACUACUUGGAGCUUGUUUCAUUUAGUACUACAUUAAGUAGCAGCGUUAAUGUUAAUUUCGAGAUCAUUCAAUACAAGCUUUCCG